AUGCAAUUCUCUAAGAUUGUCCUCGCUUCUAUCCUUGCCGCUCUCGUUAAGGCUGAUGAGCUCGUUGGUGAGAUCGCUGACGGCCAGAUCCAGGCUUCCACCGGAACCGAAGGUGCCGCCACUUCUCCAGCUGAGACCACUCCAACUGCCACCACUCCAGCUGCCACUACUCCAGCUGAGACCACUCCGGCCGAGACCACUCCAGCUGAGAGCACUGCUGCUGAGACCAGCUCUACUCCAGCAAACGCAGCAACCACCUCUGCUUCCAGCGCUGCUGCCGAGACCACUACUCCAGCCACAGCUAGCACCGUCGAGUCUGACGCUUACGUGACCACCACGGCCACCAACUACACCACCUACUGCCCAGAGAGCUCUGAAGCCGCUACUGCUUCCGAGACCACUCCAGCAGCCACCACCACUCCAGCUACUUCGAGCUCCAACGAGACCGAGACCUUGUACGUGUUGAGCACCGUCACCUCUACCGCUUACGGUACUGAGACCGUGUACACCACCUACUGCCCAGUUUCCACUAGCGAGGCUGCUACCGGAACUCCAGUUCCAGCCACUUCUAGCACUCCUGCCACCGGUGCUACUACCGGCGCUACUGAGACCACUCCAGCUACUGGUGCUACCACUGGUGCCACCGAGACUACUCCAGCCACUGGUGCUACCACCUCUCCAGCCACCGGCGCAGGAACUAGCUCCUCGGCUGAGGGAACCUCGUACGUCGAUGAGACCACCACUCCUGUCGUUACCACCUCCAAGGAUAACACCCAGACCACCUUCGAUUACGUCACUUCAUACACCACUGGCUCUACUAAGCCAAGCUCUUCCGCUUUCUCUGCAUCUAACUCUACCAGCUCUGGUGUGGAAACCUACGAAGCUGCCGGUGCUAAAUUGAUGGUCGGAUCCGGUGCCGUCGGAGUUGCUGCCAUGGCCCUCCUUUUCUAA